CAGACUUUUAUUUUGACAACUCGCAGCAUGCGUCACCACGAAAGGAUACUAAUUAACGUUUCAAGAUUCAUCUAGGCAGUUAGUGAGAAGUAAAUCUGUUGGCUACUAUUUUCUCAUACAUUUUAAGAUGGUUUGCGAAAAGUGCGAGAAGAAACUGGGGCGGGUCAUCGCUCCUGAUCCCUGGAAGGAUGGUGCUAGAAAUACAACUGAAAGUGGCGGACGAAAACUUAAUGAAAAUAAAAUGUUGACAUCCAAGAAAGCCAGGUUUGAUCCUUAUGGCAAGAGUGGAUUUGCGACCUGCAGAAUAUGCAAAAGUUCUGUACAUCAGUCUGGUUCACACUACUGCCAAGGGUGUGCUUACAAAAAAGGAAUUUGUGCCAUGUGUGGGAAGAAGGUUAUUGACACAAAGAACUACAAACAGACAUCAGUUUGAUUGGUUCAUUUUGUUUCUGGUGAUGUCUUUGCUUUAGUUGAAAGAGAGAUGUGUUUGUUGUGUUUGUUUUUAAUAUAAACCUCCACCACAUGUUCAAUAUGACAAUUUAAGAUCACAGAAUUUAAAUUCAUAAAUGUUUUUGACAGUGAUGUGCUGGUUUAUAACUACAUUUAUAAGACAGGUAUAUCAGUUUUAUCCUCUCUCACCUAACUAGAGCAAUAUUGGCUUGAACUGUUUUGAAGAACUAGAUGCCUUCUAAGUUAAAUUUGCUGGAUAACAUUUUCCACAUUAUUCAUAUUCAUUCGCAACCUUUAUUUAUCAUUUUAAGGAAGAUCAUCCAUCAGUUUGUGAUUGUACAUAACAUCCAGCUCGCCCACUGCACCUUACAAACAGAAAGUCUAGACUUUAAGACAUUUAAAUGUCAUCCCCUCCCUGCAGUGAAUAAUGUCUUUUCUGUAUGUAUCAUUAUUUCUUAUUCACAACAGAAACUGAUAUAAACAUGAAACAAGUAAUUCAAUGUAAGGCAGCAAAACGUUUAAUGUACAGUUAUGUAAAUAGCCUGUUUACAGUUCUAAACACCCCAACAGUGUUCAUAGCAUUUUGGUGUUUGCUUUUUAAAAGACACUGUGGAGUUGUAUAGUCCUUGUGUUGUUUAAGAUAUCCCUGGACUCCCUUGUAUAAUAAUAUUUGAAGACUAUUGUGGAUGCUUUUACAGCAUAUUUUAGGUGUAGCACCGCAUAAGCAAUAUUUAUAUGCUGUACAUCAUUCCCCUAAUAUUUAUUAAAAAUGUUAGGGACAUCUGUUAGGAAAGUUACUGUGUGUGUAAAUAUUUCCUUAUUGCAAAAUAAAAUGAGACAACAUCUUUCA